CUUUCAGGAGCCAGGAGCCGCUCAGCUUCCAGGGGACCACGUUCACCGUGCCCCACCGACCCUCCUGGGGUCCAGGCUCAGCCAAGAGUGAGCUGCCCUCAGGGAGCUGGCGUGGGGAAGAUGGCCCAGUCCUCCUCCACCUCUCCAGACCAGGGAGCCACGUUCGAGCACCUGUGGAGCUCCCUGGAGCCAGACAGCACCUACUUUGACCUUCCCCAGCCAAGUAGGGGGAAUAAUGAGGAAGUGGGCAGCGCAGAAGCCAGCAUGGAUGUGUUCCACCUGCAGGGCAUGACCACAUCUGUCAUGGCCCAGUUCAAUUUGCUCAGCAGCACCAUGGACCAGAUGAGCAGCCGCGCGGCCUCGGCCAGCCCCUACACCCCGGAGCACACUGCCAGCGUGCCCACCCACUCGCCCUACGCACAGCCCAGCUCCACCUUCGACACCAUGUCGCCAGCGCCUGUCAUCCCCUCCAACACCGACUACCCUGGCCCCCACCACUUCGAGGUCACCUUCCAGCAGUCUAGCACGGCCAAGUCUGCCACCUGGACGUACUCCCCGCUGUUGAAGAAGCUGUACUGCCAAAUCGCCAAGACGUGCCCCAUCCAGAUCAAGGUGUCCACCCCGCCACCCCCGGGCACCGCCAUCCGGGCCAUGCCUGUCUACAAGAAAGCGGAGCAUGUGACGGACAUUGUGAAGCGCUGCCCGAACCAUGAGCUUGGGAGGGACUUCAACGAAGGACAGUCUGCCCCAGCCAGCCACCUCAUCCGCGUGGAGGGCAACAACCUCUCCCAGUAUGUGGACGACCCCGUCACCGGCAGGCAGAGCGUUGUGGUGCCCUAUGAGCCCCCACAGGUAGGAACAGAAUUCACCACCAUCCUAUACAACUUCAUGUGUAACAGCAGCUGUGUGGGAGGCAUGAAUCGGCGGCCCAUCCUCAUCAUCAUCACCCUGGAGACGCGGGAUGGACAGGUCCUGGGCCGCCGGUCCUUUGAGGGACGUAUCUGUGCCUGUCCUGGCCGUGACCGCAAAGCUGACGAGGACCACUAUCGAGAGCAGCAAGCCCUGAAUGAGAGCACUGCAAAGAAUGGGUCCACCAGCAAACGUGCAUUCAAGCAGAGCCCCCCUGCCAUCCCUGCCCUGGGUGCCAGUGUGAAGAAGAGGCGGCAUGGGGACGAGGACACAUACUACAUGCAUGUGCGAGGCCGGGAGAACUUCGAGAUCCUAAUGAAGGUCAAGGAGAGCCUGGAGCUGAUGGAACUGGUGCCACAGCCACUGGUCGACUCCUACCGGCAGCAGCAGCAGCUCCUGCAGAGGCCGAGCCACCUGCAGCCUCCCUCCUAUGGGCCUGUCCUCUCGCCCAUGAACAAGGUACACGGGGGUGUCAACAAGCUGCCCUCGGUCAACCAGCUGGUGGGCCAGCCUCCUCCCCACAGCUCGGCAGCCGGGCCCAACCUGGGGCCCAUGGGCCCCGGGAUGCUCAACAACCACAGCCACACUGUGCCCACUAAUGGCGAGAUGAACGGUGGCCAUGGCUCCCAGCCCAUGGUCUCGGGGUCCCACUGCACUCCACCACCCCCCUACCAUGCUGACCCCAGCCUCGUCAGUUUUUUAACAGGAUUGGGGUGUCCAAACUGCAUCGAGUAUUUCACCUCCCAAGGGUUACAGAACAUUUACCACCUGCAGAACCUAACGAUCGAGGAUCUCGGGGCCCUGAAGAUCCCUGACCAGUACCGCAUGACCAUCUGGCGGGGCCUGCAGGAUCUGAAGCAGGGCCAUGACUACGGCCCCCAGCAACUGCUUCGUUCCAGCAGCAAUGCUGCUACCAUCUCCAUUGGCAGCUCGGGGGAGCUGCAGCGGCAGCGGGUCAUGGAGGCCGUGCACUUCCGCGUGCGCCACACCAUCACCAUCCCCAACCGUGGAGGUGGCCCAGGUGGUGGCACAGGCCCUGAUGAGUGGGCAGACUUUGGCUUCGACUUGCCCGACUGCAAGGCUCGCAAACAGCCCAUCAAGGAGGAGUUCACAGAGAGCGAGAUCCACUGAUGGGCCACCUCCUCCCAGGAGCCUGCAGUCCAGCACCUGGGGAGCCCCAUCUUCUCUCUUCUUCCUUUUUGUUAAAAACUGCCCUUGGGAGGCAAGACUUUAGGGAAGGCACUACCUUCAAGGGGACAUUGCUAGCCUUCACUGGCCCCAGGAAAUGUCCAGUCACCAAAGCCACCCAUGGACAGCCUGAACCAUCCAUAAGGAAUUUUUGGAGCUGCCCUACUGGUGUGCUUGCCAGGGCCAGGCAUGGGCUGGACACGUAGGCUGAGGCUAGCCCACGCUCUCAGCUCUGCCACUGUCCCCUAUGUUUUAAACUGCAGACAUGGGUGGGGACACCAACGUGGUCUCGGCCUUCUGUGCCUCAUCUUCCUUAGAGACUCUACCAUCUCCCAACUAAGAUCCUUCCCAAUUAAAGGAUCGUGUUUGCUGACAAACUGCCAAAAAGUAUUUUCCAAUGUCUUUUGAUUAUGGGUAACAAUGAGCAGCGAGGUGACUGUGACUAAAACACAUUUACUUUCAGGUUAAUGCCCCAAACUGUGUCUUCACCUACACUGGGGGCUAGGGACUCCCUCUGCUAGACUGGGGGAUUGGUCAGCAUCCCUGGCAUAGUCUUUCCUGCCCAAAACUAACCUCAAAGUUUUGCUGGAAUUGAGAGGACUGGACAAGGACACCAUCCCUCCUGGGAAACUUCUGGCCUCGUCAACACCUCUGAGAACAGCACUCACACUUCUCUUUGGUGACCACUCUCAGCAGAGGGAUGGCAUGUCUCAUAGACUGUGGGAAAUUGUCGAUAUUUGAUAAAACGAUACCCUUUUCUCCAUGGUGGAUCAGCUUUUUUUGUUGUUGUUGCUUAAAGUUUCAUUCUCAGCAUUCCCUUCCCAAUUCCCCUUGUGUGUUCCUAGCUUCCCCAUGUGUUGUGUGCCAGCAGAGAACUGAGUGACGAACUAGA